AUGAGGAGGUUGCACACUGAAAUAAAUCAAAAAUAUGUAGGAAAGGAGAAAACAAAUUUUGCAGAUUUCAAUUCAUUAAAUUUUAAUAAAACACAAUCAUAUCACUCAUCAAAUGAAAAAUUAAUACAAAAUGAUAAAAGUAAUCAUCAUAUCCAAUAUAUUCAACAGCAGAGUAAUACAUUACCAGAAAUAAAUAUACAACAAUAUAAUAAAAUGAAAAAUAGCGCGAAUUAUAAUAAUAAUUCCAACAACAAUAAUAUCAAUAAUAAUAAUAGCAAUAACAAUAAUACCAAUAAUAAUAAUAAUAUAAAUAAUAAUAUAGAAAAUUAUCGACCCACCUAUGGUGCCUAUUUAUCAAAUACAUUGCCUAGGGGGCCUUACCUACAAUACAAGUGCAAGGACCUACCAAAAUCAUCUAUAGGAAUUUUAACAAACACAAAUGACAAUAAUAGUAAUAACACCACAUUAAAUCGUCAUAAUAUAAUUUUUCAUCCGAACCAUGAACAACAGCAAAUUACAAACCAUGAAUCAAGCAACAAUAAAGAACAAUUACAAAAACAGCAGCAGCAACAAAUUGCAAUACAAUAUAAUCAAGAUAAGCAAUAUGAAAAUCAAAAAAUCAAUCUUAUUUCUGGAAAAUGGUUACCAAUAGAUACAAAAAAUAAAUCAAUUGAUUGCAAAACAAUAUAUAAUUCCCAAAUUCAACAAUCAAAUACAGGAGAUAAAAAAUUAUUAGAAAAUCAAAUUGGUGAUAAAAAACAAUAUUUUCCAAUUGAUUCGAAAAGUACAGUUCACAAUACACAGAAUCAAAAUAUUUUGAAUAAUAAUAAUAAGAACGAUAUUACCAGUGCAAUAUUCAAUAAUUAUAAUUCUACCAACAACAAUAAUUCUAAUUCUAAUAAUCAAAAUAUCAUUCCACCAGCUAAACCUCCCAGAUUAUAUUUGCAACAAUAUGAUAAAAUUCACAAAUAUAUUCCACAAAAGCAACAUCCAUUAUUGAAUAAUCCAUUAGAGCAACGUCCACAACAACAACAACAACAAAAUAAAAAUUUUAAUUUUCAACCAUCACACAUGUCCAUUAAUACAAAAUGUCAACUAAAUCCUAUUUAUACUCAUCAUAACAAUGGCAACAUACAAAAACCACCAAUGGCUUAUCAUUAUGAACAUGUUUUACCAGAAAAUCAAGAGAAAAUCCAAAUUCAACCACAAUUCUAUUCAAAUAUAGAAAAUAAAAAUUAUCAGAGCACUUAUAUAAACUUACAUUCACAACAACCGUAUCAGCAAAUAAAAUAUCAUCAGCAAGAAAAAUUUCAACAACAACAACAACUGCAACAACCGUAUUUUACAAAAUCUGAAACUAAUAUUCCAAAUAGCCAACAGACAGCAACAUGUUCGAAUGUACAAAAAAUUAUGGACAUUCAUAUUUCAGAGCCAAAUGAUCAAAUUUCAUUCAAUGAAAAUUUAAUAAAUUCACAAUCAACGGGAUUAUUGGCAAUAGCAGCAUCGACAACUACAACAACAACACAUCCUAUUCCAUCUAAAGAAUUGAAAAAAGGAUAUAAAAAUAUUCCUCCUGUUAGUAUAAAAUUCGAAAAACCAUAUUAUGAUUGUUUAUCUUCUAAGGAUAUUGAAGAGCCAGUAGAUAAACUUCAAAUAAAAUCGACAUUAGAGAAUAAUAUUUUAAAUGAUAAAAAUAAAUUUUAUGGAUGCCAUAAACCACAACAAAUAAUCAAUUUUUAUUCACAACCGCAAAACAAUAAUAAUCAAAUUCCUAUAGUAAAUUCAAAUAGAAAACAAUUUAUGAAUGAACAGGAAAUUAAAUUACAUCAUUUUGACACAAAUAAAGCUGGAGCAACAACAUCAAGUAAUUUAAUAAAAUCCGAAACAAAACUAAAAUUAUCAACUUGUGAAAAUAUUGCUGAUGGGCAACUUAAUUUAUAUCAAAAUCAAAAACAUCAGCCAAAACAACUACAAUCGUCGUCACAUCAAUAUACAAAAAUAUGUGAAAUUCCAAACGGAAAUGACCUUUUAACUUUAUGUCAUGCAAAGAAAUUAAAUGUAGUAACCGGAAAUAAUGCUGUUGAUAAUAAUCAAUUAAUAAAUAAAAAUAUUGAUGGAAUCCUUAAUGUCAAUUCAAAUAGAAAUUAUUUUAAAUUUCCAUCCAAAAUUCAAUCAAAUAAUGAUGUAAAUAGCUGUAGUAGUAGUAGAGGUAGCUAUGAUAAUGUUGUUGUUGGAGUUCCUUUAAGUCCAUUACCAAUGAUGGGUGUUUCAGUUGGAAUAACUGGUAGAAAACGUAUUCAAUCUGAAAUAAAAUAUGUGACAUUAGCAGAUGUGAUGUCAACUAAAAGUGGAAAACUUACUGAAAUGGAAAUGUGGGCAUUAUUAUGUCAAUCGGUACAAGCACUUCAGGAUUUGUUUCUUUCUGAUACACCAUCAACAACUAAAGUUCUACCACUUGUUAAAGCUUCUACUAUACAAAUUACAUCAAGAGGACGUAUUGUUUUUAGGUUAACGUCAACCAGCCAGUAUUGUUGUCCUCCUAAUGAAGCAUUAACGCAUAGUGAAUCUAAGCAUUUUGAUAUCACAUCCCAUUUAUCACCAGAAUAUUUAAAUAGCAUUGGAAAGAAAAUUACUUUUCUUGAGACGGAUGUCGAAAAGAUGUGGAUCUAUUCAUUGGGUAUAACUUUACAAAAUACUAUGAAAAAUAAUUAUAGAUUAACUAAUUGGAAUCGUAAUGAAUUGGCCAGUUCUAUGCAAAAAGAUGACAUGAACUAUAAUAAUCGUACAUUAAUAGCUGGUAUACCAAAAUUGGAACAAGUUGUAAAGUGUAUGUGUGAGGAGUUAAUACAACAUAGAGCAAGUUUAAUGUAUUUACUUGAUGUUAUUUCAAAAUAUUUUCGAAGUCAAUUUCAAAUUAAACCAUUUUCUCAUAUUGUAAUGGAAAUAUUUAAAGAAGUUGCUUACAAAUUAGAAAAACUAAAAAAUCCUCAUUAUCAAUUAGAAGUUGAAAAAUCAGAAGAAACAGAUUCUGGUAGAAGUUCUGACAAUUGUAUUGAAUCUCUUAAUCAUAAAACAAAUCGUUUAAUAAAUUUAAAAGUUGUUCGAGAAAAGAAGAAUGUUAAUCCUUACGGUGAUUAUGAUAAAUGUGGAACAAUUGGAUUUGCUGGAAUUAAAAAUCUUCAAUUAAAAAAAGAAUCAAAACAAUUACCCCAGUUGAUAGUUCGUCGACGAAAUCGUGAAACAAUUAAAAAACGAAAUUCUAGAAGGAACACAAUUGAUGUAAAUGCUUUUGAUUUAGAAAAAGCAUCAAAAAUAAUGCAAAAAGAAGAAAAAAUUGGUAUGGAUUAUUUUAAUACUUCGAGAUCAACAAAUUAUUUAGAUAAACUUGUUAUGGGAAAUGAAGAUUUUGAAAGUAAAAUUGAUAAAUUAAAAUUGUGUGAUGGAUUAUCCGUUCCAGAUGUAAAUAAAUUAAAAUUAGAAGAUAAUCUAAAUACUAAAAUAUCGCAUAUGUUUAAUCAAAAGAAAUGUGAACAAAAUUUAAUUAAAUAUCAUUCUGAAGAGAGCUUUCUUUGUUCAACUAACAAUAAUAAUAAAGGUCCUGAAUUUAUUUUGAAAUCAAAUUGUCCUCAUCGUUCAAUAAAAAUAAACAAAUCAAAGAACGUGCCGCCACAAACAGUUCACGUAAUACUUCUUAAUGGACAAAGUCUACAUAUCAAAUGUAAUUAUUUAACAACAACAACAAAGGAUAUAUUUAAAGCCGUUAUAGAAUCUGAAGAUUAUCAAGAAAAUUUUUAUUUAGGUUUAUGUGCUUUAAUUGGAGGAGAUUUUGUAUUUUUACCAUCUGAUUUAAAAAUUUAUAAAGUGGCACCACAAAAUUGGGUAAAUGCUUCGAACAAAAAGUUUUUAGGAUCACUGUGCAGCGUAUUCUUCACGUUAUUUCUAAGGAUUAAGUUUUACUUGCCAAACUUAAAAGGUGUAAGCUCCUUACAAACACGUCAUAUGUUAUACUUACAAUUAAGGAAAAAUAUUUUGGAAAAACUUAUCCUUUGUUCUGAUGAUGAUUUGAUUGUAUUGGGUGGCUUAGCAUUACAAGCUGAAAUGGGUGACUAUAAAAAAAAUAUGGAAUUCCUUGAUUAUUUUAAAGUAUCUCAUUAUCUACCGGAAGAUGUAUAUUGUCGAAAUAAAGAAAUCGCAAAGCAUUUAAGGAACUCACAUUAUUGCCGUAAAGGAAUGGAUCAUAAGGAAGCUGAAUAUAAUUUUGUAAAAUAUGUUCAAGAAAUGAAAGAAUAUGGUUUUCAUUUAUAUAGUGCUAAUUGGGUUUUAAGUGAAACAACAUUUAUCAAAAUUUACCUUGGCAUAUCAUUAGGUGGUAUCACAUUUUUCGAAAGAAAUUGUGAUCAAAUGACAACAUAUCCAGCAGAAAAACUAAUAAUAAAUCAAAAUAGUAAUAAUAUGAUUAGGAAUGCGUAUAAAAUUUUAUUAAAACAUUUUGAAUGGCUUGAAAUAGAAAAUUUAUGUUUUUCAAAGCAUAUUCUAUGUAUUGUAGUGAGAAAACUUGAAAGUCUGAAAGCAAAAGACAAUAAUAAAAUAAAAUUUAAGUUAAAAAUGGAUGACAAAAAAAGUUAUUUUGCAUUUAGUUUAGCAUCAGAUCAUCAUCAAUUCUAUUUGAAAUUAAGAAAUUCAUUUGCAUCAUUAAAAUCGAUUUCGAAUGAAUUAAAUAUUCCAAUCACAUCAAUAGAAAAUUUCAAAUUUACCGCAGAGACAAAGCAAAAAAACUUUGAUGAUAAAGAAAUUACAAAAGUAAUAAGCCUUUCAUCAACAACAUCAUCAUCAGUAUCUGAGAUUUGUAAAAAAUGUGAUACAAGUUCCCUUGACAAUUGUACAAAAAUACAAAAAGGGUACCCUGAUAAUCAAAUUGAAAAUUCUUGUACAAAAACACCAUUAUCAUCAACAUCAACUUCAGCAUCAUUAACAUCAGAACAACAAAAUAAUGUUUCAUUUGUUGAAGAAAAUGAAAUUAAAAAUUUAAAUUGUCUUCGUCAUUCGCAGCAACAGCAACAACAACAAGCACAUCAUCAUUGCCAUCAUCAUCAACAUCAGAAUCAAGAAGAAGUUAUAACCGGUAACAUAGUAAUUAAAAAUGUGGAAAAAAAUAACAAUGCUCCCAAAAUAAAACCAGCAAAGAAAUCUAUGUUAAAUGAUAAUCGCUUAUCAAAAUUAAAAGAGAAAUUUCUAAGGCGUACAAAAUCUACAGCAGCCGGCUUAGAAAUUAAUUUAAAAAAUAAAUUUAAAAAAGAUAAAAAGCAUAACAGUUCUAUAGAAAAUUUACAAGAAACAAAUAAAAAUGAUUGCUGUGGUGAUUGUAAAUGUACUAUAGCAUCAUCACCAUCAUCAACAAUUAAAUAUGAUGGGACAACAGAAGAAGAAUACCAAAAUAAAGAAAAUGAAUGCCCAAAGGCUCAUUUCAGUAAUUCACAAUCACACAAAAUCAAGGAAAUAGAUUUGGAUGAUGAAAGUAAAGAGCAUUUAACUGGUUGUAAUUUAAGCUUUGAAAUAACUCCAGUUGAUCAUAUAAAUACAUCGUCAGCAAAUGGUGUAAAAAUAUGCAGUCCAAAUAGAAAUAAAGUUAAAAUGGGUACACGUGUAUUUUCAUCACAAUUUUUAAAUAAAUCUUAUGAUAACAUUUAUGAUCGAUUUAAGCAAUUCAAUAAUAAAACUUCAAUCAAUGAUAAAGAUUUUAGUUUAUCACAAGAACAACAACAACAAUUGCAGUCAAGAUUACCACCACCACCAACAAUACCAGAAAAUUUAACAAAUACGACUGAAGAUGAUAAUAGCGAAAUUGAUGCUGGAAUUUAUGAUACAAUAGAUUACAAAAGGGAUAUAAAGAAUUGUCGUAAAAAUCUAUCUGAAUUUAAUGGUAGACAAUAUGAUAUUGUUGAUGUCGCUAAAGAUGAAAUUCAAAGAUAUCGUCAACAAUAUGAUAACAAUAAAAAUGAUAAUGAUAAGAUAUCACCAAUAUUGUUCAACAAUCAAAAUCAAGAUAAUAAUAGCGACGGAAAUAUUUAUUCUGGUGUUUACUGUAAAAUAAAACAAAAUUAUUCUACUAAUAAAUGUAUGUUAUCACAAAUGAAAUCCCCACCAUCAUCACGUCGACAAGAACAAAAGCAAAAGCAACAACAGCAGCAGCAUCAUCAUCAUAACCAGCAGCAGCAUUAUCAAAAACAACAAAAGAAACUCGAGGGACAUAAUAAUAUUAAAGGUUCAUCUGAAGAAGCUUACGUUAUCCAUUCAAGCAUAUCAAGUGAUUUUCAUAGUUAUAAUAAUUUUUCUUUAAAUAAUGAUACCAUAUCAGAAUCUUUAUUGGAACGUUUUAAUAACAUAUCAAAUUCAAGUACUUAUGGACCUGAACGAAUAUUACGAAAAGUUGUAGUUGUCAAAGAAAUUAUAGAUUCUCUUACACCAUUACUAAAAGUAGAAGAAAAUAAUAAAAAUUUAUGUAAAAAUUCAAAAAUUUAUGAGCAACAACAACAACAACAGCAAACCAAUUCGAUAUCAAAUCAAGAUGCACCUAUCAUCAAAUAUUCAACAUUUAGUCCAGGAAAAAUGAAAACUCUUUUAAGAAGUUUUAGUAAUAUUGAUUGUAUUAGAGAUCAAAAUAAUCCUAAACAGGAUAAUUUUUCAUUAAGCGCCGAAAAAUCAAAAUUAAAAAAUAUGAAAUCGCAUUCUCAUAAUGAAAAUUUAUAUCAAGAAAUUAGCCCAAAUGACAAUUUUGAAGAAAAUUUACAAAAUUAUACAUUAGGAAUAAGUAUUGUUCAAGGAUCAAAUGACAAUAAUGUUUAUGUUAAGGAUUUAAUAAAUAAUGGACCAGGUGAUAAAGCUGGAGUAUUAGUCGGUGAUCAAAUAAUCGCUGUUAAUGGCAUAUCACUGUUAAAUUUACCAUAUAUGGAAUCCUUAAAAUUGUUACAAAAUACUGGGCGUAUUGUUGAAUUGACAAUAUCCCAAAUUGUUUCAGUAACACCCUCAGCGACAGAAGCACCUACAACAAAAACAACAUCAUUAACAAAUAUAAAAGAAAAUUCUAACAAUAAUAAUAAUAAUAAAAAUAAUGAAAAUAAUAAAUGGAAGGAUGAUUGUUUGCAACAGUCUAGGAAUAUAAAUUAUUCGAAGGAUAAAAUAUUACAACAUGGGAAACAAAUGAAAGAAUAUACUCUACAAAAUCCCUCAAUUGAAAAUGGUCAUAGUUAUAAUAAUAUUAAAAAUAUAGAGUUAAAAGAAAAUUCUUGGAAAUCGUGUCAUAUGAAUGAUAAUAUUAGUUGUAAAAUAAUGUCAACAGAAAAUCAAAGUAAGGAUAUAAGUCAGACAAAAAAUCCAAAAAGAGACAAUAUUAAAAAAAAUAAGUAUAAUUUAAAUCAAGAAUUUAUAGAAGUGGUGGAAAAUGAUGAUGUGGACGGAAUGAUUAAUGAAAAUAUUACUUUAAGCUUAUCAAAUAUGUACGUGACGAAUGUUGAGCAUUCAAAACAUAAUUAUUACAUUAGAGGAAGAAAUGGUAUAGAUGGUUAUAGUGCUGAUAAUUUAAUUGAAAGUAAUAUUCCAACAAUUAGUGUAAGAAAUAAUUUAGAUCCUAAUGUUUCAAGAAGUUUACCUGAUUUGCCAAAAGCGAUUUCUGUGCUACCUAAUAAAAUAUCAUUACUUGGUGAAACUGUAGAAUAUGCAACUGUUCUACGAAAAAGCCAAAGGCGUACUAGUAAUCCAUCACGAAAAUAUAUUGGUCCGAUUCGAUAUCCAGUAACACCGAAAAAAGCAUGUUGUUCUAUUAGUUCAUCAAAUAAAUAUAAUCAACAAAAUCAGCUCUCUAUUAAGGAACAAACCCAACAGGUACUCUACUAUUUUUCAAGCAACCUUUCACCAAUAAUUUCUCGAUUUCUGUUUUAACGGACCUCUUUCAUGGAAAUUGUUUGAGUUGCAUUCAUUGUGAACCAUUUGGAAAAAUAAGAAAACGAAAAACUUCAAAAUCUCCAGUACCAAUAGCACCAUCUGAAUCUGUUACAUCACAAUUAAAAUUAGAUAAUUCAUC